UUUUUUAUUACAAGAAACGCGUUUAUUCUAAGGGGAUCUAUUGGAAAUCUCUGCUAUGUGGUGUAUGCGAAAGAAGGCGUGAUUUAGGAACGAUUGAAUGAUUCAAACAUUUCCCAACCUGGUGCUCUGAGCGCGUGUCUCUCUCUCUCCACGGAUCCCGCGCGUUUUGCGCUUUUACGCGUCGGCUGGAUUUUGCGCACUGGAGGGUUUGCGAUGUGGAAGACACCUGUCGUGGGUUUAAUUUGUUCUUUAUCGCUUCUGUUGUCGCUGACAUGUGCUGGUGAUGUAAAAUCGCGCAGCUGCAGCGAUGUGCGCCAGGCGUAUACAGCCAAAGGCUUUGGUCUUCAUAAUGUACCGCACCAGGAGAUAUCAGGAGAACAUCUGCGGAUUUGCUCCCAGGGCUACACCUGCUGUAUCUCAGACAUGGAGGACAAACUCAGCCAGCAAAGUAAGAUGGAUUUUGAGAAAUUAGUGGAGGAGAGCAGUCGCACCAUACGGACAAUAUUUACCUCCAGACAUAAAAAGUUUGAUGAAUUUUUCCUGGAAUUGCUGGACAACUCAGAAAAGUCACUCAACGACAUGUUUGCACGCACAUACGGCAAACUGUACACUCAUAACUCUGAAAUGUUUGAAGAUCUGUUCUCAGAGCUAAAACGCUACUACACCGGCGGCAAUGUCAACCUUGAAGAAAUGCUGAACGAUUUCUGGUCUAGACUUCUUGAACGAAUGUUUCAGUUGCUCAACUCCCAGUACACAUUUACUGACGACUAUCUUGAGUGUAUCAGCAAAUAUACCGACCAGUUAAAACCCUUUGGAGAUGUUCCACGCAAACUCAAAGCCCAGGUCACGAAGGCUUUUAUUGCAGCUCGUUCGUUCGUUCAAGGACUUAUGGUGGGUCGCGAAGUGGCCAACAGAGUGGCGAAGGUCAAUGUAUCACCAGGUUGCAGUAAAGCACUGACAAAAAUGCUGUACUGCCCAUACUGUGGAGGAAUGCCAGGCCUCAAACCCUGUGCCAACUACUGCCAAAAUGUCAUGAGAGGCUGCCUGGCCAACCAAGCGGAUCUGGAUCCAGAGUGGAAUCUCUUCAUUGAUGCCAUGCUGCUGGUCGCUGAUAGACUUGAAGGGCCCUUUAAUAUUGAAGCCGUCAUGGAGCCAAUCGAUGUGAAGAUCUCUGAAGCCAUCAUGAUCAUGCAGGACAACAGUAUGCAAGUUUCUUCCAAGGUAUUCCAAGGAUGCGGUCAUCCCAAGCCAGCUGGAAUUGGCCGGUCUGCCCGUGGGAUCUCGGAUAUGUUCAACAGUCGAUUCAGACCAUUCAGCCCAGAAGAGAGGCCCACCACGGCAGCUGGCACCAGCCUCGAUAGACUGGUGAUCGACAUUAAGGAGAAGUUGAAGGAGUCGAAGAAAUUCUGGUCGUCAUUGUCAGACGGCAUCUGUGCAGAGGACGAAGUGACUGACCCAGAUGAGGAACAGUGUUGGAACAGUCACACAAAGGGAAGAUAUUUCCCAGAAGUUGUUAAAGAUGGCCUAACAAACCAACUGAAUAACCCGGAAGUAGAAGUGGACAUCACAAGACCAGAUACUUUUAUAAGACAACAGAUCAUGACACUGCGAGUGAUGACCAACAAGUUACGAAACGCGUACAACGGCAAAGAUGUCUACUUCCAAGACUCAAGUGAUGAGGAGAGCGGUUCGGGCAGUGGAAGUGGUUUUAUGACAGAACCGGAAGUGGUGCACACAGAACCUCCGAUGGUGGAAGCGGACAUAAGUGACCCACAACCAGCAGCAGACUCAGCCCGUCAGCAAAAACCUUCUUUGCAGUUAUUAUUUGCUGUAAUCACACUCACAUCGCUGUUGAUGCAUUGGAGAUAAUGGCAGGCAAACAGCCACACGGACAUU